UUUCACCCGGAGAAGAAUUAGGGUUUCCCAUCUCUUAAAAGGAGAAAACGAAGCCUCAAAAGAUCCACUCUCAGUCGCAGCAGCAGAAGCAAAACGGAGGAGGAGUGAGCGCACCGCACCGCCGCAUUUCACGAUGGUGCACGUUUCAUUUUACCGCAACUAUGGGAAGACGUUCAAGAAGCCCCGCCGUCCGUACGAGAAGGAGCGUCUGGACGCGGAGCUGAAGCUCGUCGGAGAAUACGGUCUCCGGUGCAAGCGCGAGCUCUGGAGGGUGCAGUACGCGCUCAGCCGCAUCCGCAACAACGCUAGGAACCUGCUCACGCUUGAUGAGAAGAAUCCUCGCCGGAUCUUUGAGGGUGAGGCUUUGUUGAGGAGGAUGUUUCGUUAUGGGCUUCUUGAUGAGACUCAGAACAAGCUUGAUUAUGUUCUUGCUCUUACUGUUGAGAAUUUUCUCGAGCGAAGGCUUCAGACUCUUGUGUUUAAGUCUGGGAUGGCUAAGUCGAUUCAUCAUGCUAGGGUUCUUAUCAGACAGAGGCAUAUCAGGGUUGGAAGGCAGGUGGUGAACAUUCCAUCUUUCAUGGUGAGGGUUGACUCACAGAAGCAUAUUGACUUUUCACUCACCAGUCCUCUUGGUGGUGGACGCCCCGGAAGAGUGAAGCGAAAGAACCAAAAGGCUGCUGCUAAGAAGGCCUCUGGUGGAGAUGGUGAUGAGGAAGAUGAGGACUAAACUAUCACUGUUUGUUGCUUACUAUUAGUGUUUCUAGAUCUUGUGCUGCCUUUUAUUUGGUGUCCUCACUCUUAUUAUUGACUGUUAUACCUGUUUUUUAAUCAUUGCUUCUUGUGUUAGAAAAUAUACUUUGCCCUAAGAUAUUAUGUUGUUUUGAACUUGGUUAUUUGAAGUAUCAAGCUUUUUCUUGUGUUAGAAAA